GCUACCCACAAGGCCACAAAUCCAAUCCCAUGGUCGCCCCAACCACCACCGCUGCAUCGCCGCCGGCGAUGGACCGGCGAGUCCAGCGGCUGGUCAGCGGCGUCGCCGCCGCCGCGGCCACCGUCUCGCUCCUGUACCUCAUCUCCCACGCCUCCACCUCCUGCUUCCCCGGCGCCACGACGCUUCCCCUCGCCCGCUUCCCGCGAACCUCCUGCGACGCCGCCUCCCGCCGCGUCGUGCCGCCGGGCCGCCGCCUCGCGAAGCUCCGCGCCUCCGCGCGCUGGCGCCGCCGCUCCGUGGCACUGGCAUCCUCCUCCGCAUUCGCCUCGCUCCGUGGCCUCCGCCUUCUAGCUGGCUCCUCCCGUGCCCUCUGCCUGGCCGCCGGCGCCGGCCACGCCGUCGACGCGCUCCGCGCCGAGGGGGUCGGUGACGUCACCGGGAUCGACUUCGUCGACUUCCCGCCGCUCGUUCGCCGCGCUGACCCCCACCACCUCCCCUUCUCUGACGGCGCCUUCGACCUCAUCUUCUCCGACGACCCCGCGGGGUUCUCCGGCGCCCUCUUCCCGUCCAGGUUCGCCGCGGAAGCCGAGCGCGCCGUCCGUUCUGGAGGCACCAUCGCGCUCGCCGUCGAUCGGCACCUCGAUCCGUCGGCCGUCGCGGUGCUCUUCAAGAGGUCCCGCAUUGUAGACCAGAGGGAUCUCACCAUGGAUGGAUCACAGAGUUAUGCUGGGGUUACCAGCUUUACAUUCAACCCAGAGCACACAAGGCAAAAAGAGGAGGGCAACCAAAAUGCCAGAAAGCAGGGUAGAAAAACAGCUUAUAUCUAAUCGAAGCAGAAAAAACCACAACCAACUCCAGAACAGUACUCCUUAAGCAGUGAACAGUCUCUUGCAACGCUGCUAUCAGGGACUCCAAGGAACUGAAGGGAACAAUCUCACACUGUCUCAGCGACACCUUACACUGCAACAAAAGAUGAUAAGAAAAGGAAUUGUUAGGGGGGUUAGAACCAGCUUGUGUCUGAAAAUAAUGCCAUUUCACACAAUCCAGAGUUGCCAAUACGCUGCAAGACGAAGCAUAAUCUUAACUCUAGAAAGUUGAGAUCCAGUUCUCCCAAUGUCAAGGUUAAAAGAAUCCUGAAAGCUAAUAUAGGGAUCAUAUCCCACCCCAAGGCAACCCGACAAACACACCAAAUGAAUGUGUCUAUAGGGCAAGUAAAUGAAAUGUGAUUUGCAUCCUCUAA